AUGGGGGAAAAUAUUCCAUGUGUGUUCCUUCCUCCUGAUUUUCAUAUAAGCGAUAUUAUAGCCAUUUCAAUGUUUGUAGAUGAACCCUUUGAAACAAUACCAAAGUUAACGCUAGCAAUCGAUAAUGACGAGAUUUAUUUGAAUGAAGGUGUUCAAGUCGAUAAUAAACUUUCAUGGAUCGCCGAAUCUCUCAGUAAAUUCAGAGAAUUACAUACUAACACUAAAAGAUUUAGAGUAAUUCUUAAACAACGCGAAGUAGAUUUCGAUUUAAACAACUUAAUCUUCCUUGGGCCAACAAAAACAGCUAAACCACCAGUGGGAUUAUUUUUAUUAGAGUUUACAUCAGGAUUUUACUGCAACAAAUCAGAAAUUAAUAAAGAUAUCAUCGAUUUAAACUUAGAUUUGAUUCUAACUAUUGAUUAUCGUAAUAUAAACGCAAUUAAACAACAGUUAGAGGCAUUAGAUGCAGCACAAAAAGAAUUUGAAGAAGCAAAAAAUAAACUCGUUCAAAGCGGAAUUAAUUUAGAAGAAUUAUCGGAGAUUAAACACGAUUACGAGGAGGCUCUUAAAGAAAAACGCCGAGUGCAGCAUGAGUUUAUUCAGCAAAAUCAAAAUAUGCAAGAAGCGACCAUUGUUUCUCAAAGCGAAAUCGAUAGACAAGCAGCUGUUGACGCAUUAAAACAACACAUUGAAGCCAAUAGAGCAAGAAAACAAGUUCCAAAAGAAGAUAAAAGUGAAUAUCAGAAAAUGAAAAAAUUUAGACUGAUUUCGUUGAAUGAACUCAAACAAAUAUUCCCAUAUACAUCAAAUAAAAACUUUUGUGGACUUACUUACUAUCAAACUCCAAGUAAUGUGAAAGAAUUUAAUGAGAUGCGCGCAUAUCUUGGAUUUGCUACACAUUAUAUCAGGGAGAUAUCAAACAUUAUAAAUGUUCCACUUCCAUGCAUUCUUGUUCCUCAAGCAAUUUCUUCUCGAAUUGUUUCGCGUACAAGUGAUAAAGUCCUUGCCAUUCCAACAGAUUUUAAUGCAAACAAUGCUAAACAACUCCAAAUAUACGAACAAACUCUAAUAAAAGCCAUAAAAUAUCUAAACAGAUUUUUCAUGGACGAUAACACAUACGGUAACACUCUUCCUGAAUAUAUUGAACACUUGAGGGAGAUAGAUGAUGCCCAACUCAAUCUUUUAAUUCCUACAAGCCAACAAUAA